AUGGCGAUGAAUCAGAUUCCUGGGCAGAACAUCUAUGUCGGAGGCAUCUUGUCACUCAAGAACAAAGCAGCCUUGGAGCGAGCAAACAUUACACAUGUUGUCUCCGUGUUACGUUUACGACCAGAUGAUGUGCUAUUCGAUUCUUUCCAACACCACACCAUAGAGGUCGACGAUGUCGACGAUGAGAACUUGUUAGAACAUUUCCCCGCUGCUAUCAAGUUUAUCCAGUCCGGCCUGGAUGCAGGUGGAGGGGUACUCGUGCAUUGUGCGAUGGGAAAGUCCCGAUCAGCGACUGUUUGUAUCGCGUACCUGCUGCACCGUCAGCCUAGCGCACUGACGCCGGAGUCCGCGCUUGCUAUUAUCCGACAAAACCGACCACUGUGUGAGCCUAAUCCGGGGUUUAUGGAACAGCUAUCGGUCUAUCAUCAGAUGGGAUGUCCAGAUGACGUCGUCAGCCACCCCAGCUACAGUCGAUGGCUCUAUCUCCGCGAGGUGGAGGAGAGCGUCGCAUGUGGUCGAGCGCCUGAACUCAAGUCCGUGCUGUUCGAAGAUGAGCAGCCGCGCCAAGCACAAGAAAAUAAUGAUCGUAUGACGGAGAUCAAAUGUCGGAAAUGCCGGUGUAAGCUGGCGACGACACAAUUUAUCAUCCCACAUACCUCCCAAAAGAACUCCAGAACGUCCGCUGAUUGCGCUCAUGUCUUCUUACACCCGCUGACGUGGAUGCGCCCGUCGCUAUUCCCUAAUACUGACUCGGACACCCUCGACUCACCUUAUGGAUCGGAUGCCCCGUUGUCUGGCCGGUUGACCUGCCCCAACUCUUCUUGCGGGUCCAAUAUCGGCAAGUUCGCGUGGCAGGGCAUGCAAUGUAGUUGUGGCCAGUGGGUUGUCCCCGCAAUCGGCCUUGCGAAAGCCCGAGUGGACGUGUUCGAGCGGGCCAACAUUGGUCGUGGGCCUGGGAACCUGCCUGCUGCGAUGGGUAUUCGCCUGCCGCCUGGAAUGCGGCCUAAUCCUGUAGAUGAGAAUGGCCGCGGAAAUCUGUGA